AGCCUCAAUCUCUGUAGUCUUUGCUUAUCGAACCCUUCUUCCUCUCGGAAACCGAAGCCACAGACACAAACAAAAACAAAGAUGCAGAUUUUCGUGAAAACCCUAACCGGGAAGACCAUCACCCUUGAAGUUGAGAGCAGCGACACCAUCGAUAAUGUCAAAGCCAAGAUCCAGGACAAGGAAGGCAUCCCUCCAGAUCAGCAGAGACUGAUUUUUGCUGGUAAGCAGUUGGAAGAUGGUCGAACCCUUGCAGAUUAUAAUAUCCAAAAAGAGUCAACUCUCCACCUUGUGUUGAGGUUGAGGGGAGGAACUAUGAUUAAGGUGAAGACACUUACUGGGAAAGAAAUUGAAAUUGAUAUUGAACCAACUGAUACCAUUGACCGGAUCAAGGAAAGAGUUGAGGAGAAAGAGGGAAUUCCUCCUGUGCAGCAAAGGCUUAUUUAUGCUGGGAAGCAGCUUGGAGAUGACAAAACAGCUAAAGAGUACAACAUUGAGGGUGGUUCUGUCCUUCAUCUAGUGCUUGCACUAAGGGGUGGGAGCUUUUAAGUAUCAGAUGUCGAUUCAAGCUCAGACCUGGCUUUCAAUUAGUGUGUAUUACAGAUUUACAGUGGUGUUGCUCUUGUCCAUAAGACCUGGUGUCUGAUUCCAAUGGUAACAAUAGUGUUAUUUAUUUUAUUUUUUUCUGUUUGUAACGAUUAAACGAAAGUAAUGGCAAGUACUGUCCAUGGUAUUUAGAUUUGGGAUUUUGGCAAACCAUUGCAAUUGUAAGCAAAUCUUGGAAUCUCGACCUGGCCAACUUAAUUGUUUUCCUUUGCUUACUAUUGUUCUACAGAUAUUGCA